ACAGUGACGUCACGACUGUGCGGAAGUGCAGUGGAUAUGAUGGCCGUCCUAGACCAAGAAGAAGAGAGUGUUUGUGCCGAGAAGGGAAUCGAGAAAUAGAUUUUACCAUUUACAAUCACACAUUAGCAAACCAACCGUCACAAUAAUUAAUUUUAAACGCGUUUUCCCUACCCCUUGUGUAUCUGGAAUUCCAAAGGAUAGAGUCGCGCGGUCUCCCAGUGGGGGACGCCGGACAAAAUGUCCCUCUUCCAGUCAGCACUUGAUUUCCUGGCAGGGCCAGGCUCCGCUGGAGCCGCCAGCCGGGAUCAAAAUGAUUUCGUAGGACAAACUGUGGAACUUGGAGACAUGAAACUUAGAAUCAAGCGAGUUAUUGCAGAAGGUGGCUUCGCGUUUGUCUAUGAAGCGCAGGACAUCGGCAGCAGUAAGGAGUACGCGCUGAAGAGGCUUCUGUCCAAUGAAGAGGAGAAGAACAAGGCCAUCAUCCAGGAGGUUUGCUUCAUGAAAAAGCUGUCGGGUCACCCCAACGUGGUGCAGUUCUGCUCUGCGGCCUCCAUCGGGAAGGAGGAGUCGGACACGGGCCAGGCCGAGUUCCUCAUCCUCACAGAGCUCUGUAAAGGUCAGCUGGUUGACUUCAUUAGGAAGGUGGAGCAGAAGGCACCCGUGUCAUGUGACACGGUGCUGAAGAUCUUCUACCAGUCCUGCCGCGCUGUGCAGCACAUGCACAAGCAGAAGCCUCCCAUCAUCCACCGGGACCUCAAGAUUGAGAACCUGCUGAUCAGCCACCAGGGCACCAUCAAGCUGUGUGACUUUGGCAGCUCUACCACGAUAGCACACUACCCGGACUACAGUUGGUCUGCUCAGAAGCGCUCCCUGGUGGAGGACGAGAUAACUAGGAACACUACCCCAGCCUACAGGACUCCUGAGAUGAUAGAUCUGUACUCCAACUUCCCCAUCAACGAGAAGCAGGACAUCUGGGCCCUGGGCUGUAUCCUGUUCCUGCUGUGCUUUAAGCAGCACCCGUUUGAGGACGGAGCCAAGCUGCAGAUCGUUAACGGGAAGUAUGUCAUCCCACAGAACGACAGCAAGUACACCGUCUUUCACGACCUCAUCCGGUCCAUGCUGAAGGUCAACCCAGAGGAGCGCCUGUCAAUCACCGAGCUGGUCAACCAGCUGCAGGAGAUCGCUGCCGCACGGAACGUCAACCCGAAAUCUCCCAUCACCGAGGUAACGGAGCUUCACACCCCCCGUCUCUCUCUCUCUCUCCCCCCCCCCCCCCCCGCCCCCGGCGCAGUCAUGUCCUUCCCGGCUGAGGGGGUGGAGUCUGCGAUUAAGAACAACAUCGAGGACGUGCGCCUCUUCCUGGACUCCCGGCACGCGGGACACUACGCCGUCUACAACCUCUCCAAGCGCUCCUACCGGCCCUCGCGCUUCCACAACCGGGUGUCGGAGUGUGGGUGGCAGGCGAGGAGAGCCCCCAACCUCCGGAGCCUCUACAGCAUCUGUAAGAGCAUGCACCAGUGGCUCAAACAGGACCAGAGGAACAUCUGCAUCGUGCACUGCCUGGACGGGCGCGCGGUUUCCGCGGUAGCGGUGUGCUCCUUCCUGUGCUUCUGCCGGCUCUUCACCACGGCCGAGGCGGCCGUGUACAUGUUCAGCAUGAAGCGCUGCCCGCCCGGCAUCUCGCCCUCCCACAAGAGGUAUAUCGAGUACAUGUGCGACAUGAUGGCGGAGGAGCCCAUCGUCCCGCACAGCAAGCCCAUCCUGAUCCGCGCGGUCGCCAUGACGCCCGUCCCGCUCUUCAACAAGCAGCGCAGCGGCUGCCGGCCGUUCUGCGAGGUGUACGUGGGCGACGAGCGCGUGGCCACCACCUCCCAGGAGUACGACAGGAUGAGGGACUUUAAGAUGGAGGACGGGCGGGCGGAGAUCCCGCUGGGCGUCACCGUGCAGGGGGACGUGCUCAUCGUCAUCUACCACGCCCGCUCCACCCUGGGGGGGCGGCUGCAGGCCAAGAUGGCCUCCAUGAAGAUGUUCCAGAUCCAGUUUCACACCGGAUUUGUGCCGCGGAACGCCACCACCGUGAAGUUCGCUAAGUAUGACCUGGACGCCUGUGAUAUCCAGGAGAAGUACCCCGACCUCUUCCAGGUCAACCUGGAGGUGGAGGUGGAGCCUCGGGACCGUCCCAGCCACAAGGCCCCGCCCUGGGACAACUUCGCCACCAAAGGCCUCAAUCCCAAGAUCCUCUUCUCCAGCAGAGACGAGCAGCAGGAAAUCCUCACUAAGUUCGGUAAACCGGAGCUCCCACGGCAACCAGGGUCCAGCACCUUCUACGACGCCGAGUCCCCCCCCUCGGACCAGACCGCAGAGGGGUCCACAGCCGAGGUGGAGUCGCCGCAGAGCACCGAUACCAACGCCAACAACUUCUUCCAGACGCUGGACUGGGACGACGGUGGCGGGCGGCAGGACGUCCCAGAAGGGCCGGGUGCGAGGGAGGACCCGGAGGAGCUCAGCGACCCCUCGGAGGAGGAGUCGUACUCGGCGGGCGGGCCGAGGCAGAGCGAGGACAGCGAGCCGUUCUCCCGCGAGCCCAGCGAGCUCUUCGACGCCGAGUUCCAGAACCUUCCGCAGGAGAGCCGGUCCUGCGACAGCGUGGACCUGCUGGGGUUGAACUCUGACCCCGCCGACACGCCCGCUCCCAACCCCCCAGCGGCGGGAGGGGGGAUGAAGUCCGCCUCCAGCAACAGCGACCUCCUCAACGACCUCUUCGCUCCCGCCGCCGCCCCUGGCCCCGCCCCCAUGGCCCCCCCGUCCAGCGACACCGACGACCUGAUUGGUGGAGGGGUGGACGAGGACCUGUUCUUCAGCGCCGCCCCCAGUGCCCCCCCCCGCACCUGCUUCAGCCUCCAAACAUGGGGCAAUGCCAUGGUCCCCCUGAGCACAUCCAAUGACCUGUUUGACCCGUUUGGGAUGGGUUCCGGAGGAGCGGGCACUGACCGGACCGGGCCGGACCUGUUCGGAGACCUGCUCAGUGGAGAAGGCUCCGCCCCCAGCUUCCCAACCCCACCCCCUACCUCCAACUCUGGAUUCUUCAACCUCAAUAAGCAGGCCAGCGAGCCCCCGAAGAUGACCUCGUCCGCCAGCCAGCCCGACCUGCUGGGGGGGUGGGACAGCUGGGCCUCGGGCAGCGGCAGCAGCGGCAUGCAGGCGCCCAGCAAGCCCACCUUCACAGCUCCUGGCGUCUCCUCCUCCACCUCCUUCUCCAAGGCCAAGUCGCAGAGCUUCGAUCCGUUCGCCGACCUGGGGAACCUGGGCACCACCCUGACAGGUUCCGCUAGUGGGGGUUUCAUAGGUUCAGGGUUCAACCCCAAGGCCAACCCCCCCGCAAAGGGCGGGGGCCCGCGGCUGGCGGGACGUCCCGCUCCAGCGCAGGGCAAGCCCUGGGCACCGCCCAGCGCCCCUCCCAAACCACAGCCCCCGAAGGCCGCCCCCCAGGCCAAGCCCAACUACAACCUCAGCUUCAGCGCGAUCGGGGGCCGCGAGGAGCGGGGGCUCAGGGGCCCCGGCUUUGGCCCGAAGCCCAAGGUGAAGGAGGACGAUUUCGAGGACCUGCUGUCCACCCAGGGCUUCGCGUCCAAGCCGGACCGGAAGGGCCCGCGCACCAUCGCUGAGAUGCGCAAGCAGGAGCUCUCCAGGGACAUGGACCCGCUCAAACUGCAGAUCCUGGAGUGGAUCGAGGGGAAGGAGAGGAACAUCCGGGCCCUCCUCUCCACGCUGCACACGGUGCUCUGGGAGGGGGAGACGCGCUGGAAGCCCGUCGGCAUGGCCGACCUCAUCACCCCCGACCAGGUCAAGAAGUUCUACAGGAAAGCCGUGCUGGUGGUCCACCCCGACAAGGCAAACGGACAGCCGUAUGAGCAGUACGCCAAGCUGAUCUUCAUGGAGUUGAACGAUGCGUGGUCAGAGUUUGAGAACCAGGGUUCGAAGGCCCUCUUCUGAGAGUGGGCUGGCCCGGGUCGCUGUCCUGGGUGAAUCGAGACUCGGAGCAGUCUGGUGCCCCCCACGUUAGGUCAGAGGUCCACUCAUUUUUCGGUUGGUAGGGAAGGUGCUGCGGGUUGACAUUUCCACCCCUAUAAAAGACACUGCCACCUUGUGGGGGGGAGGGUGAGUGUGUUCGUCGGCAGAGGGGGUUUCCAUAACUGUGAGACAA